AAUUCUGAGAACCAAACUGCGGGAAGAUAGAGUCGUAUACCGUAUACGCGACAUUUAAGCACGGGUAAAUAUUUAUAUUAUACAAUAACUGGCUCUUAAAAAUAUAUUUUGUCAUCACCGUUAUAUGUUAAUGCGCAACUCGUGUUCAAACAGUCACUCGCGCGCACCCGGACGGUCCUAACAUCACUGUCACUUUAAUAAGAAAACUCGAAAAAUGUGAAAAUUAUACCUACACCAGCGAAGUACGUGUCAUUACUAGGACAUCUCGCGAGGAAAUCCUGGCACUAUGUCUCGGACGUUCACCAUAGAGCCGGUGGAGCAGGGAGAUGUGGAGGAUAUCAUGAAACUUCUCAAAAAGACUUUCUACAUGGACGAACCACUAAACUCAGCAGUGGGCCUCAUCGCCUCAGAAAACGAGACGUGCUCAGAGCUGGACGAGUAUUGUAGCCACUCGCUUCUGGAAGGGCUGUCCUUCAAGGCAGUGGACGCGGAGCACAACAUAGUGGGGAUUAUGAUCAGUGGUGUUUUACCUUUGAAAGAGGCAGACGACGGCAAUGAUUUACUAAGCCAAGCGCAACGCUGCAAGAACCCGAAGUUCAAGAAGAUUCUGUACAUCUUGGCACAAAGAGAGACGGGAGCCAAGCUCUGGGAGAAGUUCCCUCAGGAGCAGCGGCUGGUCGAAGUCAAAGUGGCGGCCACAGAUCCAGGGUGGAGGCGGCUUGGUAUCAUGAACGAUUUGCUUAAUACGACUGAACAAGCCACAGCACAAAGGAACAUCAGACUCAUACGAAUGGACACAUCCAGUGCCUACUCGGCCAAGUCAGCUGAAAGGUUCGGCUUCACCUGUGUGUAUAAGGCUUUAUACACGGACAUCAAGAUGGACGGACGGCCGAUAAUCGUGCCGGAACCCCCGCAUGUGGAGGACAGAGUUUACGUUAAAAAGUUGUUUUAA